AUGUCAUUCACGAUAAUACAAAGCGCAAACCCGGCGAAGAAGAAAUUAAUCAAAGUCCUUAAUGAAGCAAAAGAAUUGGAUCUGAGAUCAUUCGACAAGCAAUUACCUCAUCAAGAGUUAUACGAACUUUAUGAAGCACGAAAAGGAAAUCAAAGAAAUGAUAGGAAGAAUUGA